GUGAAAGGUGUGUGUGAGCUGAUGUGGAUCCAGUGAAUCCAGCUGCAUGAACCAGUGUGAGGACACACAGGAGGGAGCCCCUCCCUCUAAAAGCAGAGAUGGUAACCAUGACAACCAGAGCAAAACUCAGAGGAACCAACCUGGACCUGGAUCUGGAUCCAGCUGGGGGUCCAAAAGGAGUGACAUGUCAAAGGGUGUACCUCUAACCUUCAAAGACAGCAGUUCAGGAGUGGAACGGACCCAACAAAGUCUUGAAAACGACUCUGACCCUGGAUCUGAAUCAAGCUUUGGGUCCUGCAGGACUGACAACUUAGACGAUGAAAAUCCUGACUUCAAGGACUUCAGUUCAGGACUGAAACAAGGUCAACAGGUCACACAGAGAGGCCAGUCUGCAGCCUCCAGCUGUGGCUCCUUGAAGAGUGACCGGUUCAAAGGUCAUCCUCCAGCGAUCAGAAGACGAAAACAAAGACCUACAGACUCACAACUGGACCAGCAGAGCUCAGAGACUCCCAGUGGUCCGUCUGUCCAGCAGCAUCAAACACAGCUGGACUCCAUCUUUCUGCUGCUGGAGGACAACAUUGUCACUUUUGUCAAGAAGGAGCUGAAGAAGAUCCAGAAGCAUCUGAGUCACAGGGAGGAUGAGGAGGAGCUGGAGGAUGAAGAUGAAGAGCAGAGGAGCAGCAGAGAGUCACUGAUGAAGAUCACAGUGAACUUCCUGAGGAGAAUGAAGCAGGAGGACCUGGCUGAUGGACUGCAGAGCAGAUCUUCUGCUGCAGUUUGUCGACAUGAAGUCCAAUCUGGUCUGAAGAAGAAGUUCCAGUGUUUGUUUGAGGGGAUCACUAAAGCAGGAAGCCCAACCCUUCUGAAUGAGAUCUACACAGAGCUCUUCAUCACAGAGGGAGGAAGAGGAGAGCUGAAUGAAGAACAUGAGGUCAGACAGAUUGAAGCAGCAUCCAGGAGAGCAGACAGAGCAGAAACAAGCAUCAGACAAGAAGAGCUCUUCCAACUCCCAGCUGGAAGACAAGAACCAAUCAGAACUGUGAUGACUAAGGGAGUGGCUGGCAUCGGGAAAACAGUCUUAACACAGAAGUUCACUCUGGACUGGGCUGAAGGCAAAGCCCACCAGAACCUCCACUUCACAUUUCCAUUCACUUUCAGAGAGCUGAAUGUGCUGAAAGAGGAGAAGUUCAGCUUGGUGGAACUUGUUCAUUACUUCUUCCCUGAAACCAAACAAGCAGGAAUCUGCAGCUUUGAAGACUUCCAGGUCCUCUUCAUCUUUGAUGGUCUGGAUGAGUGUCGACUUCCUCUGGACUUCCACAAGACUCGGAUCCUAAAGGACCCUAGAAAGUCCACCUCAGUGGCUGAUCUGCUGACAAACCUCAUCAGGGGGAACCUGCUUCCCUCUGCUCUCCUCUGGAUAACCACACGACCUGCAGCAGCCAAUCAGAUCCCUACUGUGUCUGUUGACAUGGUAACAGAGGUCAGAGGGUUCAAUGAUCCACAGAAAGAGGAGUACUUCAGGAAGAGGUUCAGAGAUGAAGAGCAGGCCAUCAGGAUCAUCUCCCACAUCCAGAGAUCCAGAAGCCUCCACAUCAUGUGCCACAUCCCAGUCUUCUGCUGGAUCACUGCUACAGUUCUGGAGGAUCUGCUGAAGAGCAGAGAGGGAGGAGAGCUGCCCAAGAGCCUGACUGAGAUGUACAUCCACUUCCUGGUGGUUCAGGCCAAAGUCAAGAACGUCAAGUAUGAUGGAGGAACUGAGACAGAUCCUCACUGGAGUCCAGAGAGCAGGAAGAUGAUGGAGUCUCUGGGAAAACUGGCUUUUGAGCAGCUGCAGAAAGGAAACCUGAUCUUCUAUGAAUCUGACCUGACAGAGUGUGGCAUCGAUAUCAGAGCAGCCUCAGUGUACUCAGGAGUGUUCACACAGAUCUUUAGAGAGGAGAGAGGCCUGUACCAGGACAAAGUCUUCUGCUUCAUCCAUCUGAGUGUUCAGGAGUUUCUGGCUGCUCUUCAUGUCCAUCUGACCUUCAUCACCUCUGGACUCAACCUCAUGGAGGAAGAACAACAGAAAAGGUCUUGGUUUUCUUUUCCAAAGAGCUUUGACCAGUUGUACCAGAGUGCUGUGGAGAAAGCCUUAGAGAGUCCAAACGGACACCUGGACUUGUUCCUCCGCUUCCUCCUGGGUCUUUCACUGCGGACCAAUCAGAAUCUCCUACGAAGUCUGCUGACUCAGACAGGAAGUAGCUUACAGACCAAUCAGGGUCUCCUGCAAGGUCUGCUGACUCAGACAGGAAGUAGCUUACAGACCAAUCAGAAUCUUCUACGAGGUCUGCUGACUCAGACAGGAAGUAGCUCACAGACCAAUCAGGAAACAGUCCAGUUCAUCAAGGAGAAGAUCAGUGAGGAUCUGUCUGCAGAGAGAAGCAUCAACCUGUUCCACUGUCUGAAUGAACUGAAUGAUGGUUCUCUAGUGGAGGACAUCCAACAGUCCCUGAGGUCAGGAUGUCUCUCCACAGAGAAACUGUCUCCUGCUCAGUGGUCUGCUCUGGUCUUCAUCUUACUGUCAUCAGAAGAAGAUCUGGAAAAGUUUAACCUGCAGAAAUACUCUGCUUCAGAGGAGGCUCUUCUGAGGCUGCUGCCAGUGAUCAAAGCCUCCAACAAAGCUCUACUGAGUCGCUGUAAUCUGUCAGAGAGGAGCUGCAUAGCUCUGUCCUCAGUUCUCAGGUCUCAGUCCUCCAGACUCAGAGAUCUGGACCUGAGUUACAACAAACUGCAGGAUUCAGGAGUGAAGCUGCUGUCAGGUGGACUAAAGAGUCCAGACUGUAAACUGGAGACUCUCAGGUCAGAUUUCAUCCAAAUGUUGAUUCUCUACAACAAGUUCUGCCUGUUUUUCUCUGUUUCAGGAGAAAGUGUCAGAUAGAUGUCAGUGCAGAGG